AUGCCUGAGAUAAAGUCGGAAUAUGCAUCGCUCCAACCGAAUUUCCCAGACCUUCAACAGUCUACGACUGUGCGCCCAACAACACGAGCGCUGGUUUCAGCGCCGGGUAAUGCCGGUAUCAACUCGCUUGGUGUCAGCACAUCUGCGGUGGCCACGUCGACAAUGGCAAGUUCGGUCUACGAUUGCCUUGACAUCCCAUGUCUCUGUGGCUUUUUCGGAGGAACUGGUGGGACCACGUGCACACUCCCAAACGGGCAAACAUUGACGAAAGCGAUUCGCAAGGAGUAUCGCGUUAUGACAGACGACGAGCGGCAAAAGUAUGCCAUUAUUCAUUUCGUUGAUUCCCAUCAUUUUUCAUUUGAUGCAACUAGUGUCCACUGA